CCAAUCCUAAUCAAGUUUCUUGACAACACUAAUUACAACAGUAAGAAACAGUAAAUGUAAACAGUAUAAUAUAAACAAUAUUUUCGACGAAUGUGUUUUGGGCACAAUGGAAUUUCAUUUGCUAACCGAUUGUUCACUCUUAUGUCGUAUCUGUAUGCAGGAUACUACGGCAAUUGAAGCGGAGGAUAUAUAUUCACCAGCAAAGGAUGAACCCAGCAUUUACAGCUUGCUUGCUGUCGUUUGCGCUCCAGUGUUUUCCAAGGAAGAACUCCAGGACAGGGAACUUCUAGGAAUGCCCAAAAUUGUAUGUUUACCAUGCAAGCAAAAAAUCGUAGCUGCGUAUGAGUUACAUGAAGCGUGCAUUGAAGCUGACCGCAAGCUAUGGGACAUGAUCUCAGUGCAACAAGAAUUACAAGACUUCCAAGAUAUAAGCACAGAUCUAGAAGAUAAAGAAAGAACGGAAACACCAGAUGCCACUGAGUUUACCUGUGAUGAUACUUCGAAUCAAUUAUUGGAACAGGAAAGACAACAUAAAAUCCGCGAGGUGUUAAAAAUAGCCAAGUAUAAAUUGGAAAAAUCGGGUGCUAGUGACAGGACAUGUGAACUCUGCUGGAAAGUAACAAAGCACGCAAAGCGUCUACAUGACCAUAUGAGAAAAUUUCAUCCGAAUGAGAUUGUACCUUGUCCUGAGUGUAAUGCGGCUUUCUUUAGUUCGUUACAACUCGAAGAGCACAAACUUUUCCAUUUAACAGGUCACCUAUACGCAUGUCCUAAGUGUAAAAAGCGCUUCAAAUCCGCUACCGGAAUGCGCGCUCACAUACGAAGUCACAGCAGCACAGCUCGGUUUCAAUGCGACAAAUGCGACAAAAAAUGUACCAACUUAAGUAUGCUAAAAACGCAUCUACUGUCGCACGGUGGCGAACGAGCUUAUCCCUGUGAGCGAUGUCCUUCCAGAUUCAAAACGAAAGGGGCACUCAAACAGCACGAGACGGUUCACUCUAAGGAAAGGAAUUAUUCAUGUGACAUCUGUGGUUCAAAAUUUACGAAAAGCAAUUCACUUGUUAGGCAUGUACAAAUUCAUUCUGAGGAACGUCCUUAUGUUUGUGAUGUUUGUCCACAAAGGUUUAAAACAAGCAAUGUUCUCAAACGCCAUAAGUUCACUCAUACCGGAGAAAAACCAUUCAAGUGUGCAUACUGUGAUCGUGCCUAUGCUCAAAGUAAUGAUCUGGCAAAGCACAGCCGCAUCCACGUCGGUGACAAACCAUACAUGUGUGAUCGCUGUGAUGAAAGCUUCCGGUUGAUGACCGAACUUCGCCAGCACUACAAGGUUCAUUUCGACGGAAACGAACAGGGUGAAAAUGAAGCUAUGAACGCUCUGAACGAUGUUUACUCUAAUGAGAAUGGCCUGUGGAAUAGUCUACCUUUUUCUGUCAUGUCUGUGCUGAACAGAAGAUUUGAGCUAGAAAAACGAAAACAAAUAAAAGAACAGGAAACAGUGGUGAAAGUUGAAGACGACAGAUAGAUUUUAGAGAUAUCGCUUCGUUAUUCAAAGAAUCAUUAUGUGGUGGAUUCGAAGCAAACACGCUCUACCAGAACUUCCGUAUGAGUAUGCAGCUUUACAACCCACCAUCUGUGAAGAAAUAAUGCAGUUGCACCACCAAAAACACCAUAAAAGUUAUGUAGAUAACUUGAACAGUGCUGAAG